CAAAUUUGACGUAAAAAAUCAAGCAACUUGUAAGCCUCACAAUAUCAUUCACAGAAGAAAACCUACGUUUCAGAGAAGAACGAAGAGAGAGAGAGAGAGAGAGAGAUUCUUUCUCUUUUUUCUCUGUGAUAUUAACGUUGCAGAAUCAUGACGAGGCUGCAAAACGACGACCAGGUGGAGCAGUUGAGAGAGAUAUUCAGGCACUUCGACAUGGACGCCGAUGGCAGCAUCACCCUUCUGGAGCUCGCCGCCCUCCUCCGGUCGCUCGGAAUCAAGCCGGACGGUGACCAGCUCCACGCCCUUCUGUCCAACAUGGACGAGAACGGUAACGGCUACAUCGAGUUUGAUGAACUUGCCAAGGCCAUCCUCCCCGACCUGCAAGGCGAGGAGAUCCUCAUGACCCAGGAGCAGCUUCUCGAGGUCUUCCGGUCAUUCGACCGUGACGGUAACGGCUAUAUCACCGCCGCCGAGCUCGCCGGCUCCAUGGCCAAGAUGGGCCAUCCCUUGACGUACCAAGAACUCGCCGACUUGAUGAACGAAGCCGACACCAAUGGCGACGGCGCCAUAAGCUUCAAUGAGUUCGCAAACAUCAUGGCCAGAUCUGCCUCUGAUUUUCUUGGCCUCAAGGUCGCCUAGGAGCUUAAUUAAUUCUCAUUUUCCAGAUUAAUUAUUAAGGGUUUGAUUAACUUCUGUGUAUAUUAUCUUCUUCUUCUUCUUUCUUAGGAUAAAAGAUGCAA